GACCAAUUCGAGUAAUGGGCCAGCUGUCGUUCGAGAAGAAAUAUUCUCAUUAAAGCUGAAGUUUGUUGCCAAUACCUGCGAUACGCAAACGCCUCGUGGUCAGCCAGGACCCUGAAUAUACAUAUGCGAUAUGUCUACAUAAUAUCCCAUGGAUGUAUAAUACUAUGUCCACAUACAUUCUAUCAGCAGUACCAGCACUGCAGCAGUACCAGCAAUACUAGCAGUACUAACAGUACUACUAGCUACAUGGCAACAAGCCUGCAAGCCUGACCCGUCGGCACCUCCACUAUUGUCUCGGUACAAUGAAGCAGAUUGUGGCCAAUAGAAUGACAUAUGCGAUGACUUCAAAGGUCCAAUGGUCACGACAAGAUCGCCAGGGUCUUUCCCAAUCGUCACAAGUGGAGUCUUUCACGGGCGAGACAUGAUUCCCCCUCAAGCCCCAGAGGCCCCAGAGGUCCCAAGAAGCCCCAGAAGUCCCCCAAGUCGUCCGUUUUCUUUAUGCCCUCUCCCGCUAGCGGUGUCCGAAUGCAGAAUGACAUGCCAGUUCUAAAGCAUUACCCCUUUCCUCCCUUCCAAUUUGAUGGUGUGGUGACAUGGGCAAUCAACUACGUAGUAAUGAAUCUCUGCAAGUCUAGUGCACAAUGCAUCAUCAGCCUUGCUCGUGGCGAACGUCUAAUGGCCCCGGCCCGGUCAUUGGCCUGUCGCCUCUCACUUACGCCAUAGCCUGCAUGCUUGGUUUCCCAUCCCGGCACUAAAACGGCGCCCCUACAUGCCGAUCACCGCAUAUCUCACUUCGAUAGCACUCCUAGUCUGUUUGUCUGCAGUAGGUUGUGGGAGUCGACCGCUGUACAGUACACUAACCAGACCCUCUCGCUCGUCUAUCAAAGCCACCCUACACCCAACACGUUCUUUGAACUCUAGCCCGAUUCCCACUAGACUCUUCCUCCCCUCUUUUCCCAUCCUCGUUUCUGUUAUAAAACCUUUCUACCUCACGCUCCUUCCGUCGUCGUUGCUACAUUUUGAGGUAUCAAUCGUGUGGUAACACUAAAUCACUAACCAACUGGCUUCGGUCUCCCUCAUAUCUUCUACAAUUUUAACUACUAUUUAACACUUAAAGUAUUAAUCCGGCCCGGCCGUAUAUCACCAAUUCUUCACAAUGUCGUCUCGAAGCAGCUACAACAUGUCUAUGCCGGCAUCACUCCCUCCGCCAGUAGAUCUAUUAAGCUACGCUCGGUCAAUGCACCAACACACAAAGAGACAGAUGGAGGCCGCAAAUAUGCCAACAAGUCGACGAAGCAACCGAUCUCCACGUUCCGAAGUUACUAGUCUACCGAAUGGCACUUCAGGUAGCUCGUCAUCGUCGAGGAGUCCAGGCGAAGUUGAAUAUCACGAUUGAGGAGGCAUGAGCAUUUGAAGGGUUUUACAUAAUAUUCAUACACAUAUAUGUUGUCGCUUACAAAACGUACACGUACACAGUAUUGCAGUACACGGCCGUCAAGCUAGCGGCAAUUAAACAACAAAAAAAACACGGCUCAGCUCGGAUGAGCUUCGAAGCCAUAUAUUAUACGCGAGGCGUUCAGGACAUCCCGAGGAAAGCGAUGUACACGCAUGAGAGGGAUUCAACAUAACAGCAUGGAGGGCUCGUGACUACAAAGUCACCCACGUUUUAGCGAUGAGGAGUCGGGUCAGUUGGAGUUAUAAGUGAGCGGCAAACAAGAGGAGCCGCUCAGCAACAUUUGCGAAUGGCCACACCAUCGCCGAGCAACAAGAUGGCGGUAAACUAAGCAACAAUCCAAAGCCAAUAAACGACUUGCCGUACAGGCCGGUCGUAUGAGAAUACGAUAUCUGACGAUGAUCCCGCGUCGGUGGGACGAUCAUGAACAAUCAGCUUAACAACUACAUCACUUUCUAAAUAUCCCAUGACUCUUCGUUUUUCUUGCUCGUGACCUUUUUGACUCACCAACGCCCAUGACACCGUGUCAAUUUACUCCAGGCAGGCUGCAUUGAAUCCCAUUGUAAGUAUGCGUAAACGUUGUAUCCCCAACACUGGGAAAGCGUCGGUCGUCAAAAGGGGCUAUGAGAAGCCUCCCUCACCUCCCUACCCUCGGCCAGCCAAUCGGGUUCCACGAUUAGUGCGGUUCGUCGGAUACGACGCUUAAUGCGCUCCCCGCCCUCUUCCGACCCUGUACCGGCGCAGCGUAGACAAUAGCAACCCGAGCUAUUAUAAUACGCCGACUCGCAUGUCAUGUGCAAGCAAAAGGCCUCUCCGGACUUGCCGCCUAAAAUCGCUAGUGAACGAGGAAUCCAAGAAAAUGAUGAACGAUUACGUAGAAAGCCCGGUUUAAGGAUUGGAUGGCUUAGGUCAGCCUUCGCCGCAGGAAUUUUUCGGCACUAGACGGGGCCAGAACGUCAUCGGCCAUUUGCCGAGACGUCUCGUCGUCUAAGCCAUCGCUGCGGCACGCCCGACGAAAACUGGUUGGAAUGUGCCGAGGCUGGGGUUUUUUAUGUGUAAAAAGGCUUUGGAAGUGUAUAU